CUGAUAAAAGCCCUGGGCCCUGCAGGAUAGACCAGAGGAGAACUCUUCACUUCACCAGACUUACUGAGACCCUUGCAGGGAGGUCUGAGCCGGACAACCUGAGAUGAAGCUCAUCAUUGCCGCACUGGUGUGCCUGCUGCUGGCAGGGAUGUGGUUACAGGAUGCGGACGCCAAGAGCAUGCACGUGUCAUCCUCCAAUUGCUGUUUCAUAACAGUGAAGAGAAAGAUUUCUUUGAAGAGAAUCCAAUGUUACAAGAACAUCAGCUCCACCUGCUCCUACAAAAACCGUCUGAUACUGAAGCUGACUGGAGGCCUAGAGGCUUGUGUCUUGCAAAAAGAAUCAUGGGUUCAGGCUUACUUAAAGAAGAUAAACCUCUGCCAGUGAAAGGAAACGUGAGCUGAUCCCUUCUCGCCCUGGACUCAAGAUACCACGUGGCUUCACUUUCCUCCCAACGUCUAACUUCACACCAGUCCUUCUGCCCCGUCUUCACCAGGUCACGCCAAAGGAUCUGCUGGGUUCUAAUAAGCUAUGUUGUUGCACUUUAUAUAUUUAAAUUCUAGAAUCUUUAACUUCUGUCCCCCCCUCCCCCCAUGCCUCUUGGACUUCACAGGGAUUUCAAGGUGCAAAGUUGAUUGACAUUGAGGGGCUGGGGCCAGGGGGUGGAGAGGAGGGAAACAGGUUGGAAUUGGUGCCAGGAGAACUGACUUCUUAUAUUAUUAUUUAAUUUUUAUUGGAGUAUAGAUGAUUUACAAUGUUGUGGUAGUUUCUACUCUAUAGCAAGGUGAAUUCUUCAUACUGUGGAACUGACUUCUUGUCAAUAGGAGCCAAUAAAUGACUCAACACAACUCAGCUGACUGCCUU